AUGUUGGGAAAAAGAAUCGCUUCUUUCAAGAAUUUAGCCAAGAAAGUGAAGAGCAUCAACACGACGACGACGAGAAACCGUGAAGGCAGCUCCGAGUCAACUCAUAAUGAGUCUCUUCUGAUGAGUGAGGCGGAUGAAUCAUAUCCGGUGACGGCGACAAAGACUCCAACGGGGACUUUUGCGGUGUACGUAGGUGAAGAGCGCGUGAGGCGCGUGGUUCCAACAAGCUAUUUGAAUCAUCCUUUGUUUAGGAUGCUUCUCGACAAGUCACACGACGAGUUACACUGUUUCGAGCAGAAGGUUAUGUUGGUCGUACCGUGCAGCCUUGCCGUGUUCCAAGACGUCGUUAACGCCGUUGAGUCUUGUAACGGGAACUUUGAUUUUGGUGAUUUUGUCGAGGAGUUUCUUUGA